AUGUUGAAGGUACAGCGGGUUUCGCAACAGGUCGCCAUCCGGCGGUUGCGUCAUGCACACCUCUCGGUUGGUCGAUGGAGCGUUGUGCGGGGGCUUGCGACAGCUUCGGAGCCAUAUGAUACAGUUAUUAUUGGAGGAGGCCCCGGUGGCUACGUUGCAGCAAUCAAGGCGGCACAACAUGGAUUGAAAACUGCCUGCAUUGAGAAGCGCGGAGCGCUUGGUGGUACAUGUCUGAACGUCGGCUGCAUCCCAUCAAAAGCCAUGCUCAACAACUCGCACAUUUACCACUCAACACAACACGACACCCAGCGCCGGGGCAUCGACGUCGCCGGCGUGACCUUGAACCUCCCCCAAAUGCUCAAAGCGAAGGACGACGCGGUGACGAGCCUGACAAGCGGCGUGGAAUUCCUGUUCCGGCAGAACAAGGUCGACUACAUCAAGGGCACUGCGUCGUUCCUGUCGACGACGCGUCUGAACGUGCAGUUGAACGAGGGCGGCGAGACGGAGGUCGAGGGGAAGAACAUCAUCAUCGCGACCGGCUCCGACGUCGCGCCCUUCCCGGGCGGUGGCAUCGAGAUCGAUGAGGACCAGAUCGUCAGCUCCACUGGUGCGCUGUCGCUCCCGAAGGUGCCCGAGAAGAUGGUCGUCAUCGGCGGUGGUGUCAUUGGGCUUGAACUCGGCAGUGUGUGGAGCCGCCUCGGCGCGCAGGUCACCGUCGUCGAGUUCUUGAGUGGAAUUGGUGGCGCGGGUAUUGACGAGGAGAUCGCCAAGCAGUUCCAGCGCACGCUCAGCAAGCAGGGAAUCAAGUUCUUGCUGAACACGAAAGUUACUGCAGCGGAGAAGCGCGACGGCAAGGUCUACGUCAACACUGAGUCAGCCAAGGGCGGCAAGGAGGAGACGCUUGAAGCCGACGUCGUUCUCGUCUCCGUCGGACGUCGCCCCUAUACUACUGGACUUGGCCUUGACAAGAUUGGCGUGGAGCUGGACCCUAAGGGUCGCAUCAUCAUUGAUGACCAGUUCAACACGUCCGUACACGGUAUCAAGUGCAUCGGUGAUGUAACCUUUGGCCCUAUGCUGGCGCACAAGGCGGAAGAAGAGGGUAUUGCCGCGGUCGAAUACAUCAAGAGUGGACACGGGCACGUCAACUACCACGCGAUCCCAGCCGUCGUGUACACGUACCCUGAGGUGUCGUGGGUAGGGAAGACGGAGCAAGAGCUAAAGGCUGCGGGCGUAGAGUACAAGGUCGGCAAGUUCCCUUUCACGGCCAACUCGCGCGCGAAGACGAACCUCGAAACCGAGGGUCUUGUCAAGUUCCUCACCGAGAAGGAGACUGACCGCAUUCUUGGCGUGCAUAUCAUGGGCCCCAACGCCGGUGAGAUGAUCGCGGAGGCGGUCGUGGCGAUCGAGUACGGCGCGAGCUCGGAAGACAUCGCGCGAACUUGUCACGCACAUCCCACACUGAGCGAAGCAUUUAAGGAGGCGGCGAUGGCGGCUUGGGAUAAGCCGAUUCAUAUGUAG